AUGGAUCAAGGAAUAGGAUAUUCGUAUCCAGAUAUACAUGUACGGUCACCCAGCGAGGAUUCGCUAGAAGGAAAUGGAAGUAGAUCAAUGGUUGACGUAGGGAGUACGUCUUUAAAGCUGCCAUCAAUAGACGACGCGGAAAGCAACCGGUCAUUUAGAAGAGAAGUGAGCUCAAAGAGAAGGCGGCCGUUGAUGAAAGCAACCUCUUCUACAGGUAGAUCGAACGAAAGUUUAUUGUUGAGAAUGCAAAGUAAUCAUAAUACAUCGGGCCCCAAUACGCCUGUAAUAGAAGAAACGUCGUUUAUCAAUAGGGCUGCACAAGAGCAUAAUUUUGAAGCAUUAAAGGAAGGAUUGGGAUUUGCAUUAGGAACGGCGGAUUCGGGGGCUAACUGGUUUCCUGUAACACCUGACCCUAAUUCGGGGUCAGAUAAAGCCCAGAAUGGGUCAUUGGAUAAUCUCUCACAAGAUCUUAUACCUCCAGCAGAGGAAGGGUACACUGACACGAUUCAUUUGGAUAAUUUGAGAAAUAAACGGCUAUCUAACCCGUUCAAUGGAGACAACAAUAGGACGGCACAUUUAUCCCCAUUUGAUGAUCCAACACACCACCAACACCACUAUGACCCUAGCACACCUGUUUCAGACAGGGCAUUUAGUUUUAGUGAUAAUGCUAAUCCCGACCUUUUGGAGGCAGGUCACUUAACCCCAACUUCAGGGUCGGCUCCAUCGCAUUCAAAAAUAUCAAACGUACUUACUAGGUUAUCAGAUCGUAUUGCAGGAAAUAGGGCAGGUACCUCACCCACUACUACAUCUCCAUCAAAGAGCCAUAGACGUAUGAGUACUUAUAGUGAAGGCAAUACCCCGGUUUCUCCAAUGAGUAGAACUACUCUGUUUUCACACUACGGGUCUGAUUCGGGAUCUAAUAAUAAUAAUAAUGGGUCAGAUACCAAUUCUAGUGUUCCGCAUUUUUUACCAGAUGUCACUGUGACAGAUGAAUUUCAAAAUGAAAACUUUCUUCAAGGGGCAAAUGCGUCAGAGGGACUUGGGCUCUUCUUAAAUAAGGAUUCGUAUUUGAGUACUGAUUCCUUGCGAAAUGACCAACCACAAACAUCACCCAUUGCAUCCUCACCUAAACCAAUAUUACUGCAAAUAUCUCCACAGAGAUUACGCACUGAAGAUAACAAUGUACGUAUUUUACCUGAAAAAGGUAAAUAUACUGAUACUAGAACCAUGUACUUUUUUGGAAAAUCUUUGAAAAUCUUUUCUCCACAAUCCCCUUUACGUUUACUUUGCCAUAGAGUUUUAUCUCAUAGUUCAACCAAUUUAUUUCUAUUAGUUUUGUUAGUUUUGCAAACUGCUUUACUUUCAUACAGGCAAUGGAAUCCCAUACAUCUACGUGGUUAUUAUUACGCAGGAUAUAAUUGGGCUGAUUAUAUCUUGAUUGUGAUUAACGUAAUUUAUACGAUUGAAGUAUUCAGCAAGAUCAUUGCAUACGGUUUUAUUGACGAUCGUGCUAUGUAUAAGGAGUUGGGUUUAAUUUAUCCUGAAAGUGACAUAAAGAAUCUGUACUUUAAUCUGAAAUAUAUCAAAGCCUUUUUACGCGCAUUUGGAUUAUCGAGAAUGGCACCAAAAAAAGGUGAUAGCAAAAAUAUUGUAUCGCACCAUACUAAGGAUUCGAUCGAUGCCAUGAAUGAUUCAAACGAAGAAAUUGACGUUAAAGAGAUCAAUCUUGGUGAAGAAGAGCCUACGAAUACUUAUACACGAGAACAUAAAAUUAGUAAUCCAUUCGUGGAUCCAUCUAUGAGUAUCCAAAAAAAAUACAGCGAUACUAAUUUGCAUAAUGAGACAUCUACCAAUAUUUUUGAAGAACACGAUAGUGAUAGUCUGGAUUUAGUUGACGAACCUAUUUUGAAUUCCCAAAAAUUCGAUGCAAAGAACACUCUAUUAUUACCAAAAUCAAGAGGAAGAAAUAUUGAUCAACUUCAUUUAAAAAGAGCAUUCCUAAGAAAUAGCUGGCAUAGAAUAGAUUUUCUUUCGAUGAUAUUCUUUUGGAUUUCGUUAUUUUUAUCGAUUGAUCAAUAUGAUAGUAAACAUCAUAUCAUGCUCUUUAGAUCUUUGAGUUGUUUGAGAAUUUUAAGAUUGUGUAACUUGACUACUGGUACCACAACUAUUUUGACAGCUUGUAAAAUAGCUAUUCCACAGUUAAUUGAUGUUUCAAUCUUUAUUUGCUGCUUUUGGUUAUUCUUUGGAAUUAUUGGUGUCCAAUCAUUCAAAUCUUCUUUUACAAGACAAUGUGUCUGGUUUAAUCCCGACGAUUCAAAUGAUACUUACAUUAACGAGGGACAGUACUGUGGGUCAUACAUAGAUUUAGAUGGAAAAGCUGUACCAUAUAUUAAAAGAGACGGGCUUCAUUCAAGUACUAAAAAAGGGUUCACUUGCCCUAAGUACUCUAAAUGUAUAAGUGGAGAAAAUCCUUAUGGCGGAACUGUAAACUUUGAUAAUAUUCUUCAAUCAAUGGAAUUAGUGUUUGUUAUUAUGAGUGCUAAUACCUUCACAGAUUUAAUGUAUGACACAAUGAACUCAGAUAACAUGGCUGCAUGUUUAUUUUUCAUAUUUGCUAUCUUUAUUUUAACAGUUUGGUUAAUCAAUGUAUUUGUUGCUGUAAUUGUCGCAUCUUUUACUAUUACUAGAAUGGAGGCUGCCGAAGAGAAGAAACAGAGGAAAAAUGGAAAGAAGAAAUGGAGGAUUUUCGGUUCAGUGAACCAAGAAGUAUCCUUGCACACAGAACGGGUAAAUUUGCUUAAGAAACAAAAUAUAUUCUUAAAGUACUAUUAUAAAUUUGAGUUCAUAUUUGUUAUUCUUAUCUUUGUCAGUUUAUUCGCUCAAUGCUUUCGUGAUUUCAAUAUGGACGACCAUAGGCGUCAUACUUUAUAUCGAUUUGAGGCUAGUAUUACAGGUAUACUAUUUGUGGAGAUAGUGCUUCGUCUUGCGUUUCAUUUCCCAAACUGGAGAUUAUUUUUUAUAUCCAGAAGAAACUGUUUUGAUUUAUUCUUAGCCGUUAUUACUACAAUUAUUAUAAUCGGACCAGUUAAGAAAAAACUAGGUCAUGCAUACUACUGGUUAACCUUUUUUCAAUUAUUGAGAUUCUAUAGAGUGGUUUUAGCAACGAAUAUUACCAGAAAACUCUGGUUGAAAAUAAUGGGUAAUUUCAAAGCAAUUUUUGACUUGGCAUUGUUCUUUUUCAUUCUUACUUACCUAGCCAGUAUUAUUAUUUCUAGGUUUUUUGAAGGCACCAUACCGGAGUCUGACCUUGAUGAUAUUGAUUUUCCGAUGGAUACUCUCCCAAAUGCUUUUAUUGCUCUUUAUGUCAUAACAUCAACUGAAAAUUGGACUGAUGUGUUGUAUUAUUUGCAAGAGUACUCCUCGACAACCUCUUCAAGAGCUUUUGGUGCAAUGCUUUUAAUUGGAUGGUUUAUAAUAUCUAAUAUGGUUAUUUUAAAUAUUUUUAUUGCUGUUAUUGCUAAAACCUUGGAAGUCUCGGAAGAAGGCAAGAGAAAACAGCAGUUAAUUCAAUUUAUUGACAACAUGACAGAAAGAUUGCAAAACUUGGAAAAUGAACCUGGAAUGUUGACAAAAAUGAAGAAUAAAAUUUUUGGAAAAAGAGGUGUUAAGUAUGAAUUGGAAAAAGCUGUUGUUAAUUUACUUUUGAGUGGUACUGCGGUUAAUGAUUUCUUGGAGACAGAAGCAGAUGACAAUGAUAUAGCUGAUAAUUCUGAAAUUAAGAAUUUGCCCAAAUCUUCCUGGAAGCGAUGGUUUCAAGUAAAUUACUGGCGUACAACUAGCUUUUUUAGAAACCCAUUUUAUGCAUCAAAGAGUAAUAAAACUGAAAUCUCCAAUUUCGAUCCAGCUCAUUUUGCGCAAAAUAUUAUUUCAGAAAGAAAUAUACUUAUAUCAAAACAGAAUAAAUUUUUGAAAGAAAAUCCAAGAUUCAAUAGCGUGUUUUAUGUUUUAGGACCACGUCAUAGAUUAAGAAGGAUAUGUCAGCGACUUGUCAAAUCUAGUUUUGGUGAAAGAAUAGACGGAGUUGAGCCAAAUAAAACAGUUUCUGAAACUUUCAUAAUCGUAAUGUUUUUAGCAACAAUAGGAUUGGUUGUAACUGCGUGUUAUCUUACUCCCUUAUUCAGAAGGGAAAUGGUUUCCAAAUACGGCUACAUGAAUUUCACAUUUUACCUUGAAAUUGGAUUUGUUUCACUUUUCACAAUUGAGUUCUUUAUUCGAAUUAUCGCAGAUGGGUUGAUAUUCACUCCUAACGCCUAUUUGAGAUCAUCUUGGAAUUUCAUCGACUUAAUAGUAUUAAUUUCGUUGUGGGUUGAAUUUAUUGCUACGAUAAAAAAUGACGGGAACUUAUCUAGAAUUGUCAGAGGAUUAAAAGCCUUAAGAGCCUUAAGACUUUUGACUAUUAGUGAAACUGCAAAAAAUAAUUUUCAUAAUACUAUUAUUUCUGGAUUCUGGAAAAUCAUUAACGCUGCGAUCAUUUCUCUUUGUUUAUUAUUUCCAUUUGCUAUUUGGGGCUUGAACAUUUUCAAUGGAAGAUUAGGAUACUGUAUUGACAAUCAAUCUUAUGAAUCUGGUUGUAUACAUGAAUAUGAGAAUGAAGUAUUCAACUGGAACGUGAUGAGUCCUAAUGUUUAUACUAAUCCCUAUUUAGAAUUUGAUAAUUUUGGGAAUUCUUUCUCAUCGUUAUUUCAAAUCAUUUCAUUAGAGGGAUGGGUUGAUUUAUUAUUGGACGUUAUGAAAAGUACGGGUAUAGGCACACCACAGGAAGAUUUUGCAUCUCCAUUUAAUGGAUUUUUUGUUGUAUUAUUUAACUUUACGAGUAUUGUGUUUAUUUUGACAUUAUUUGUCUCGGUUAUUAUAAGUAACUAUUCCAAGACCACAGGAAGAGCAUAUAUGACAAAGGACCAAAUUUCUUGGUAUCAGGUUAAGAAAUUUUUAGUGCAGGUUAGACCUUCGAAGAGAAAGGACUUCGACCUGUUAUCAUUAUUUCAGAAAUUCUGCUAUACUAUGACUGUAGAAAGAAAUACAUAUUGGCAUGAAACUUUGAAUUUUGUUUUGUUCAUGCAUGUGUUAGCUUUGUUAUUAGAAUGUUAUCCUUCAUACGAUGGAUUGGAUGUAUUCAGAGCUGUGAUUUAUAUGAUCGCAGCUCUGUUGUUCUUGAUUAAUGCGGUUAUGUUACUUAUAGGACAAGGUCCUAGAACUUUCAUAAGAUAUAAAUGGAAUAUUUUUAAUCUUUUUAUUUCUUCAGGGGCAUUCUUAACUACAAUUAUUUCAUUUUUUGUUGACUCGCAAAAUGCAUUCCUCAAUUUUAAUAAAUUGUUCUUGGUUGGUAUUUUAACAUUUAUUAUUCCUAGAAGUAAUAGAUUAAGUGAAUUAUUGAGGUUUGCUUCUGCUAGUUUACCCACAUUAAUUUCUUUAUCGUUCACAUGGAUUAUUGUUUUUUUGGUCUUUGCUAUUGCAAUGAAUCAAAUUUUUGGUCUAACGAAAGUAGGACCAAAUACAUCUAAUAAUAUCAACUUAAGAUCAGUACCGAAGGCUUUAAUUGUACUUUUUAGGUGCAGUUUUGGAGAAGGCUGGAAUUAUAUUAUGGCAGAUUUUACAUUAAUUGAGCCAUACUGCUCAUCAGUUAAUGGUAUAGAUGAUAGUGAUUGUGGUAAUAGCCAAUAUGCUUAUAUCUUAUUUAUGCUGUGGAAUGUGAUAUCAAUGUACAUAUUUUUGAAUAUGUUCGUUUCAUUGAUUAUUGAUAGUUUCAGUUAUAUUAAUAACAGAUCCUCCUACAGUCAUUUAAUUAAACGGGAGGAGAUUCGAAAGUUCAAAAGGGCUUGGCAAAAAUUUGAUCCAGAAGGAUCAGGUUAUAUCAGGCCCUUUGAUUUACCUAAAUUUUUACAUUCAUUGGAUGGCGCUUUAGCCUUUCAUUUUUAUUCAGGUUCACUAGAAAUUCCCGUUUUAUGUCGUCAGUGGUUUAAACGAAAUAACAAAGAUGAUCCUUAUGAUGUAACUGUCAACUAUAAGGAAAUUGAUCGAAUAUUAAAUUUGAUGGAUGUACCCAGAAUUAAAGAGAGACGUAAAUUAUAUGAAAGGUUCAUGGAAGAAGCUAUUAUGAAUAUGGAACUUAGUGGAGACCCUGGAAUUUCGUUUACCAAAAUUAUCUUGCAAUUACCAUUGUAUACGUCAUUUGAGGCUGGCCAAUGUCUUAAUUUAAUUGACUUCUUAGAUCGUCGUCUCUUAGUGCAAAAAGUUGAGAAAAGAUUACAUACAAAAAGAGUGUACGAAACAAUCGCUGCGUAUGCAUGUCGUUGGAAAUACGUGAAGAAUAAAAAGCAAGGUAUAAGGGAUACUGAUAUAGAUUUCGGUAAAGGCCUUAAAAGGAAUAGUUAUUUAGCUAACGAAAACUUAGAAGUAAAUGCUCCUUCUAUAUUUGUUACUGAUACCAACGACAGUUAUGAGGCAUAUGACGAUGAAGAAGAUGAGACCUUUCCUUUAACAAAAUCAUCAGGGUUUAUGGAGGAUGACGAAAAUGAAAAUGAAGGAACAGCAAGUGGGAUCUAUGUUCCAAAAUCACCGUUGCAUAUUUAUAAUUCCAGAAAUAGGACACACAAUCAUGAUUCUCCUGGAAAACAACACAAAACAGAAUCCCCACCUAAGUUAUAUAUUCAAAUACCAUCAUCUCACUCAAAAUUAGGAUCUAGUCCUUCAAGUCCAAUUGAAGAUGCCAUUAACAUAUCGCCAUUUCUUAAUUCUGCUAAGAUAGAUGAUGAUGCAUUAGCUAACGUCUCUUUGAUAGACCUUUCAAAUCUUGGCGAAACGUUAGAGAAUUCCGAAUGGGGUGAGGCAUUCAGAGAAGUUAAAUCUGACAGGAAAACUGAAAAAAACAAGGAAGCAAAUAAAGAGGACUAA